UGUUGUUUCAUUUUCUUAUUGGGUGAAACCACUGUGCAGGUUCGCGCCUACCAUUUCCUUCCCCCAGGGCUCUCCCACCACCUCACCGUGCUGUACCCGUCCUUGGAGGAUGACAUGGAGCGCAACGAGCAGCGACUGGUGGCCAGCCGCCAGAGGCUCCACGCGCUGUUCGGGCUGCCGCCCAAUCGGCCGCUGCUGCGGAGCGCCAAUGCGGUAGACCUGGGCCCGAGCCCGGGCGACGAUGGCAGCAGCGGCGGUGGUGGUGGUGGUGGCGGGUCGGUCGUGCGUUUGCGCGACGUCCAUCAAGGCCUUGCGCCGCCGCCAGGCAUUGGCGGGACCUCGGUGCUGGUGCAGGGCUCCUACGAGUACUGCCACUACAUGCAGGACCGGUUCAACGAUGCGGGCUGGGGCUGCGCGUACCGCUCGCUGCAGACCAUAUGCUCGUGGUUCCGUCUGCAGAAGUACACCAGCAAGCCCAUCCCGUCGCACAGGACCAUACAGCAGGUGCUGGCCUGUCUGGGAGACAAACCUUCCAGCUUCGUGGGCUCGUGCAACUGGAUUGGUGCGAUCGAGCUGUCGUACAUUCUGGACGAGUACUUGGGGGUGACCUCCAAGAUUCUUACUGUCAACCGGGGGUCGGACAUACCCAGCCACGCACGCGAGCUGGCGGCGCACUUUGCGACGAUGGGCUCGCCCGUCAUGAUCGGUGGUGGCGUGCUGGCUUACACGCUGUUAGGAGUCACGUUCAACGAUCAGACGGGGGAGGCGGCGUUCCUCAUCCUGGACCCCCACUACACUGGCGGCGAGGAUUUGAAAAAGAUCCAGCAAGGGACGUGGGUUGGCUGGAAGCGACCCGGCGAUAACGCAGCGGCGGGCGGCCCCCUCUUCGUGGAGGAUGCUUUUUAUAACUUCCUGCUCCCUCAACGACCGAAUGCCGUCUGA